CAGGCCCCACCUAUAUAAGGCCAGGGCUGCAGGCUCUUCCUUCGGGUCAGAGUUGCCUCACCGGUACGCAGAGCCCCUUUCAGCGCAGCCCAGACAGGCCCCUCCCACCGCCACCAUGCCGUUCGGAAACACCCACAACAAGUUCAAGCUGAACUACAAGCCUGAGGAGGAGUACCCCGACCUCAGCAAGCACAACAACCACAUGGCCAAGGUGCUGACCCCUGACCUCUACAAGAAGCUGCGGGACAAGGAGACCCCCUCUGGUUUCACACUGGACGAUGUCAUCCAGACCGGGGUGGACAACCCAGGUCACCCCUUCAUCAUGACCGUGGGCUGUGUGGCCGGGGACGAGGAGUCCUACGAGGUCUUCAAGGACCUCUUCGACCCCAUCAUCCAGGACCGGCACGGGGGCUACAAACCCACCGACAAGCACAAGACCGACCUCAACCACGAGAACCUCAAGGGCGGAGACGACCUGGACCCCAACUACGUGUUCAGCAGCCGCGUCCGCACCGGCCGGAGUAUCAAGGGCUACACGCUGCCGCCCCACUGCUCCCGCGGCGAGCGGCGGGCGGUGGAGAAGCUCUCCGUGGAAGCCCUCAACAGCCUGACGGGCGAGUUCAAGGGGAAGUACUACCCUCUGAAGAGCAUGACAGAGCAGGAGCAGCAGCAGCUCAUCGACGACCACUUCCUGUUUGACAAGCCCGUGUCCCCGCUGCUGCUGGCCUCAGGCAUGGCCCGGGACUGGCCCGACGCCCGCGGCAUCUGGCAUAACGACAACAAGACCUUCCUGGUGUGGGUGAACGAGGAGGAUCAUCUCCGCGUCAUCUCCAUGCAGAAGGGGGGCAACAUGAAGGAGGUUUUCCGCCGCUUUUGCGUGGGGCUGCAGAAGAUUGAGGAGAUCUUCAAGAAAGCCGGCCACCCCUUCAUGUGGAACGAACAUCUGGGCUACGUGCUCACCUGCCCAUCCAACCUGGGCACCGGGCUGCGUGGGGGCGUACACGUAAAGUUGGCACACCUGAGCAAGCACCCCAAGUUCGAGGAGAUUCUAAGCCGUCUGCGCCUGCAGAAGCGAGGCACAGGUGGCGUGGACACAGCUGCCGUGGGCUCAGUGUUCGACGUGUCCAACGCCGAUCGUCUGGGCUCGUCCGAGGUAGCGCAGGUGCAGCUGGUGGUGGACGGCGUGAAGCUCAUGGUGGAGAUGGAGAAGAAGCUGGAAAAGGGCCAGUCCAUCGACGACAUGAUCCCCGCCCAGAAGUAGACUCCCCGUCUGCCUGCCGCCGACUGCUGGAGCCCCAGCCGAAGGGAAGGCCCGGCCCAGUGGAGAUACGCCCCUUCACCCCUUGCCCCGCCCCUUUCCCCCGGAGGCUGGCCUGUGCUGGUUCCAUCAACCCGGGGCCCUAUCCACCCUUCUUGGAACCCGCGGCCCCGUUCCAACCGGAGUUCCAAUCAGUGGGCUCCAUCCUCUGGGUUCUGGCCAAUGAAAAUCCUCCCUUACACCCUCCUCUCCUUUCCCCAGAGCUCUGCUCACCAGUAGGAGUUCUGGCUAAGGCAGAGUGCCUUACGUAUCUGGAGCUCACGCUUUUUUUCCAUUUAAAGCAACAAGUAAAAGCAAUGGUGGCCUUAA